CCCGGCGGUGCCCUGCGCGGGGGAUGGCGGCAGUUGCGCGGCGGCGGCGGCUCCUGCCGGCCUGGAUGGGGGCGGCGGGGGACGAGCGGGCGGCGGCGGCACCGCCAUCCCGGCCAGGGCGGCGGCGGCGGCGGCAGCGGGCGGCGGCGGGGCCCAGGGCGGCGGCGGUGGUGUACUGCAUGAACGAGGCGGAGCUGGUGGACGUGGCCCUGGCGGUCCUGGCCGAGAAUCUACAGUGCGAGGAAAAUGUGAAGACGGUCCAGUCCGGGAGAGAAGAAGAGCAGGAGCUCCAGCCAAAGCCAAACGAGGCUUCUGGAAGCACGGCUAGCACAGGGAGAGGCAACGACUGCAAUCUGGCUGUCCAGCCCUCUCCUGAUGCUGGUGCCGGUGCCAACACAGAGAAGACAGGCUGGGAGGACUCUGAUGUUUUGAAAUACGUCAGGGAGAUUUUUUUCAGCUAGCAUUGCCUCCUCUGCAGCUUCCCAAGAGUAAAGAGGACAGUGAGGAGGGUGUCCUCUCCCACAGCACUGAGGAUGGUGGGAGGAUGGCCUGGAGUGGGCUGUCUGUCUCCUGUGUUGGUGUUCUGUGGAGUUAGUAAGAGACACAUGAAGGCCAUGAGGGAGAAGGAAAGGGCGGGGGGGGACACACUCCUCCCAGCGUGUGCUGGGUUCAGAGGGAUUUGGCUCCAGAUUAGGUUGUGUGCAUUUCAGUUUGGCAUCUGAGAGCAUGGACAGAUUAAAGAGGACAUUUGGAUACCUA